AGUGCUGUGAGCUCAGACGGGCGAGGUUUCAGAGAUUUGACACAAGUCCCGACUUCGUGUGGUCGUUCGCUGGUGGCUGACUUUGUAGAGGUUUGCCUAAGAUGCCAGCCGGAACUCAAACUUCCGAGCUCAAGGAGAUCGCUCUCGAGACUGGCGUGACGGCGGUCAUGCUCUCGCGUCUCUCUCCCCGAGUCACUGUUGCCAAGCUCUUGAGUGCGUUGGACGAAAACGCCCGUGACUUGUACGACUUCGUUUAUCUUCCGCAGGAUAAACGCAAGCACCGCAACGUGGGCUUGGCUUUUGUGAAUUUCGCCAAUCAUGAGACGGCUUUGAGGGCGGCCGAGUACUUCAUGGCGAACAGUUUGGAGCAGGGGCUUUGGAGCAAUGUGGUGGUUGGCAAGGCGAACAUUCAGGGCCUGCAGAGCAACUUGGCGUACUUUGUUGCUCGGUGUGGUCUUGAAGCGCUCGACAAUGCCAACGCCCCAUUGGUCUUUGAGGGGGGAGUGCCAGUAGCGCACAUCCGGGAAGCUAUCCGCAAGCACGUCUCUGUGGCUAUGAUCCUCGAGGCACAGACGAAGAUCAAGGUUGAGAAGACCAACUCCAAGUCCGAGACGUCCGGGAUGUUCGCAGGUCCCAAAGAAAUGGCGUCGGCCUGGAAGUCCAAGAGCGUGGAGACAAUCUGGAAGUCUGGAUUUCAAGCACCACCAGGAUUGAAAGUUGCGGACAUGAGCCCGUUCUUGAUGGAGCGCACUGCGACGUGGUCAGGACGCAACAUGCCGUUGCCCGGGGUCUCGGGCUUCGAGCUUGCGGCAGGACGCCGAGAUCAAAUGUCCCCAGAGGUCGCCAAGCGCACCGUGACUUGGGAAGGUCGCAUGAACCCCAUGUGGUCCCUCGCAGAGACUUCGGACCGCCGAGAAGGACACAUUGCCAAUCCCCCCCCCGGCCUUGCCGCGCCGCGAGUCGAACAGAUGGGCCAAGGAAAGGAGGAUGUGCUGGAAGUGGUGCAGACCAUGGAUUCCACCGGAAAGGUUAUCUUUCACGUGUGAAGUUCGCCAGAAUUGGCGCACAGACAGUUUCAAGACUGGCCGUGGGUUGCUUUGGAGACGUAGCUGCGUCAGAAAUAACGCUGUUUUUCGUUUUCUUUGUUGGAGGAGUGAGGAGUGAGCUAUGCCGGAAUUCAUAGUGCUUGUUAUUUCUCUAAAGCUCUUGUUAACGUUCAAUCGCAUGCGUCCGAAGCAAUCCAAGGCCGCUCACUGAUUCAGAGACAGGAACAGGGCGCCACCUGUGCUUGCGCGCAGUGGACACGCCGCUCGCCCAUGUUGGGCAGAUCCAUGGCAGUCACGCAUGUUGGGCACAUCUUUGGCAGAUGUGUCUCUAUCUGUCUCGGCAAGAGCUACUAUAUCCUCAGAUGGCUCUUCACCGGUGCUUAUGCAUCACAUGACCUGAUACUUUUUGAGCCACACUGCAAAGGAUCUUGUCCGUUGUGGCAUUGACAGGCUUGGUUGGUGACCCACU